GACGAGAGCUGCAAGGAGGCACUCGCUCGCUUGGAUUUUCCGCAGGAAUUAAACUCGAAUUUUGGUAUCAAAAUCACAGAAUAAGAGAACAACCAUGGGGGCUGAGGGCAAGAAAAUGUCAAAGGUGGAUCCACCCUUGCGGAUUGAGAUCGGCGGCAUCGAAGGCCAUCGAAAGCAGAGCCUCAACCGGGUGACCACCACCAAGUACACUUGGCUAACGUUUCUGCCACUUAAUUUCUAUGAGCAGUUCCGCCGAGCUGUUUACUUUUACUUUCUAAUCAUCACCAUUGUCUCGUUCUUCGUAAAUGACACCAUAUCCCCGCUGGUUUCACUGCUGCCUCUGCUCUUUGUCAUGAUCAUCACGGCUCUUAAGGAGGGCUUGGAGGACUUUUCCAGAUCCAAGAGCGAUAAGUUAGUCAACACGGCCAAGGUGACUGUCAUCCGCAAUGGCAAGGAGGAGGUCAUAGCCUCCCAGUUCGUUAUACCCGGCGAUCUUGUGGUGGUCCGCAAUGAGGGAGAUGUGCCCUGUGACCUCGUGCUACUGCAGUCUUCGCCCGGAUCCUCCAAGUGCCACGUGACCACGGCCAAUCUGGAUGGAGAGACCAACCUGAAGACCAUAUUGACGCCACAUAACUAUGAGCUCGGCUCGGGAAUGGGCCAAGGCUGCAUUGUGUGUGAGCCCGCCACCCCGGAUCUGUACAGUUUUAAUGGACGCCUGGAGCUCAAGUCCGGGGAAGCCGCUUUGCCGCUGACCAUUGAUAACCUGCUGCUCCGUGGCGUUCGGCUCAAGGGCACCGACCGAGCGGUGGGCUGUGCCAUCUACACGGGCAUGCACACAAAGCUGCAGCUGAACAGUCGCUACACGGGUAACAAGUCCGCCUCCAGCGAGAAGUACAUCAACAGGUUCAUGGUGGCUUUGAUCGUGGGAAUGGUCGUGGUGGUGGUGGUGCUGUAUCUCAUCCAGCGUCACAAGGAGGCCAAGAUUGUGCCCACCAUGCCUUACCUGGGCCCUCCCACCAACUUUAACUCGGCCUGGCAGAUCUUCGAGGACUUCCUCUCCUUCCUUUUGCUCUUCAACUACAUGGUGCCCAUUUCCGCCUAUAUGAACAUCGAACUCUAUCGUAUCUUUGGCAUGCACUUCAUGCACAACGACCUCCAUCUGUACGACGAGGAGACCGACCAGCCUUGCCGAGUUAAUGCCUCCAACCUCAACGAGGAACUGGGCCAGGUCAAUAUACUAUUCUCGGACAAGACGGGCACUCUCACCAAGAACCUCAUGAAGUUCGUCAAUUGCUAUGUCUCGGGGCAAAGCUUCCAGCUGCAGAAGACCCAGCUUCUAUGCCAGGACACUGGCGAGCAGCUGGAGUUGGGUAAACUCGAUGCCGAGGCCAGCAUCUUCUUCGAGGCUUUGAGUGUCUGCCACACCGUGGAAGUGCUUCAGGGAGCAGCAAGCGAGAAGCCAGCGGAGUCCACAUCCGAACGAAGCCGCCUGAUGAACGGCGACAUUGUGGGCCGCUAUCAGGCCUCCAGUCCCGACGAGAAAGCCCUGCUCGAGGGCUGCGCCAGUUUGGGUCUUGUCUUUGAGGGUCAGGACAAGGACAUACUACACAUUCGUCGGUAUCCUUGGGCAGGAGGCGGCGGCACUAGCACCGAAGAGCUGCGUUACGAGCGGCUUCAUGUCCUGGAGUUCAGCUCGGAAAGGAAACGGAUGAGCGUCAUUUUGAGGGACUGCCAGAGUGGCACCAUCUGGCUGUAUAGCAAGGGAGCCGAGAACAUCAUCUUUCCGCGAUGCAAGCCAAGUCCGCGUCUGGAGCAGACUGAUGAGCAAAUCACCAAGUAUGCCAAGGAGGGUCUACGCACUCUGGCCGUGGCCCGGCGUACUCUCAGCGAGGAGGAGUUGGCCAGCUUUAAGGCGGAGUACAACAACGCCAAUAUACAGCUAAGCAAUCGCUCGGAGCUCAUAGCCAAGUGCUAUGAAGCUGUGGAGAUGGGUCUUGAUCUCCUGGGUGCCACUGCCUUGGAGGAUGCCCUGCAGGAGCAGGUGGGCGAGACUUUGGAGGCCCUCCAAAGAGCUGGUCUGAAGAUUUGGGUUCUCACCGGCGACAAAGUGGAAACUGCCUUCAAUAUAGGCCUGGCCUGCCGGCACAUUCCUCCCAACUCCAAGCCCCACUUUGUGGUCAAUCUCACCGAGGUUUCAGUUUUAAAAGCACGUCUCCAAGAGCUCGAAGCUGCUGAGGCAGAGGUUUUGGUGAUUGAUGGAGCUACCAUUGCCGCCCUGCUAAAGCAUUUUCCUCGCGAAUUUGCUGAUCUUGCCCUACGCUGCCGGGCCGUGCUCUGCUGCCGCCUGAGUCCACUCCAGAAGUGUGAGAUCGUGACGCUGGUGAAGAAGCGCAAGAAGCACAUCACAGCGGCCAUUGGGGAUGGGGCCAACGAUGUGUCUAUGAUUCAGGAGGCGCACAUAGGCAUAGGGAUAGCUGGACGCGAGGGUAAGCAGGCGGCACGCUGUGCUGACUUUGCCAUAGCCCGGUUUGAGAUGCUGCAGCGGCUGCUCCUCGUCCAUGGUCACUACAACUCCCAGCGUUUGGCUUUCUUGGUGCUUUUUUAUUGCUACAAGAACAUCAUCAUCACGGGGUGUAUGGCCCUGUUCCAGGUCUACGAUCUCUUCUCCGCCACCAAUGUCUACAACUCGCUGUAUCUCUGGCUCUUUGACAUUGUCUACAUCUCGUUUAGCUUCACGUAUUUGGCCAUUUCGGAUAAGCACUACAGCGAGGAGAAGCUGCUCAGACAUCCAGAACUCUACAAGACCCUCGCCCACAAUCGCCAGGCCUCCAUGGGUGUCUUUACCUUGUGGAUCCUUAACGGCUUCCUGCAAUGCUUCAUCAUCUUCUAUUUCGCCUACUGCCUGCUCAACGAUGAGAACGUGGUCCACAAUGUGGGACAGACUGCCAGUUUCCAGACCUUUGGCACCAUGCUCAUCACCGUCAUCGUAAUCGUGGGCAACCUGAAGUUACUCCUGGUGGCCCGCUACCUCACCUAUCUGAACCUGGGAAUGAUUCUGGCCUCCAUUUUGGCCUUCAUGCUGACCACGUACCUCUACAAUCUGGACACCAGUGGCGAGCUCUAUGAUGUCUAUAACCAGUUCCUGGCCUCGCUGCCCCUGUGGCUCUACACUAUCGUCUGCUCGGCGGCCUGUCUGCUGCCCGAUUUCGUUGUCAAGGUGAUCAACGAUAUGUUUCGGGUUCCCAGGGCUCUGGGGAAGUUAGCGGAAUGAAUCUA